GCCCCGUAAUAAUAUAUAAAAAAUCAGGGGUGUUACAACAGUCGUUGCUUCCUUGCAAAUGUUAGGGAAGAAUCAGAGAAAAUGGGACUCCCUCGCUUACAACAAGAACUUUUCUCAGCGUUGUUGGAGGAUGACAAUCUAAACGUGCAUAUACUCAGCACGGAGCCAGCUUCAAUAAAAUCCAGGCUCCACAGAAAGAAGGUUCUUAGCGUUCUUGAUGACGUGGAUUGUUCAAGACAGCUAGAAUUUUUAGCAGGGGUUCAUUUGUUUGGUUGUGGGAGUAGAAUCAUUGUCACAACUAGAGAAAAACAAUUGCUAGUUAGUCAUGGAGUGACUUUUAUAUAUGAGGUCAGGGAUCUAAAUGACAACCAUGCACUUGAGCUCUUUAGUUGGUGUGCCUUUAAGCAGAAACAUCCCACAGAAGAGUUUAGGGAGCUUUCAAUGCGUGCUAUUGAUUAUUGCAAAGGGCUACCACUAGCACUCAAAGUUUUGAGUUCUUCACUAUAUGGUAGGAGCAAGGGAGAAUGGAGUGAUUCCUUAGAUAAACUGGAGAAACAUCCUGACAAACAGGUUCAGCGAAUCCUUAGAAUGAGCUUUGAUGGACUUGAUGACUUAAACAAGUCUUUAUUUCUUGAUAUUGCAUGCUAUUUCAGAGGGCAUGACAUAGAUUAUAUAGCUAAAAUUCUAUCAAGCUUUGGCUUCUAUCCUGAAAGUGGAAUAGGAGAACUUAUUAAUCGUUCUCUAGUAAGGGUACUUGACAACACAUUGGCAAUGCAUGAUUCACUACAGGAUAUGGGUCGGGAGAUUGUGCGCGAACAAUCCCCUAGAGAUCCCGGCAAACGUAGCCGGCUGUGGGAUCAUGAGGAUGUUGUUGAAGUUUUGACGCUUGAGUCGGGGACAAAACAUGUUGAAUGCAUGGCCAUAGACUUGUCUAAAACAGAUAAGAGGCAUUUCAGUGCUGAGGCAUUCAUGAAUAUGAUAAAUCUAAGAUUCAUUGAUGUCCAUGGUGCCUAUGGAGACCGCAAGGUGCACCUUUCUGGGAACUUCAGAUUUUUAUGCUACAAACUAAAUUGUCUCAUUUGGAAAGGGUACCCCCUGAAAUAUUUGCCAUCAGACUUUAGUCCAAAGAAGAUCUUUAUGAUCAAAAUGCCUUGGAGCUCCAUUAAACAACUCUGGAAAGGAAUCCUGCACCUCAACGAGUUGCAACUUAUAGAUCUCAGUCAUUCCCAAUGGCUAACUGAGACCCCAGACUUCACAGGUGUACCAAAUCUUGAGAAAUUGAUUCUUGAAGGUUGUACAAGGCUCUCUAAGGUUCACCCAUCCCUUGGAGUGCUCAAAAAGCUUGCUUUGUUGAAUUUGAAGGACUGCCGCUGCCUUUGGAGCCUUCCAACAGGCAUUGAAUUGGAAAGUCUUAAUACUCUUAUACUUUCUGGCUGCUCCAAACUUGGAAGGUUUCCAGAUAUUGUGGGAAAUAUGGAACACUUAUCAACAGUUGCCUUAGAUGGGAUCGCCAUAUCUGAACUGCCUCUUUCAAUAAAAAAUCUGACCGGGCUAGUUUUCUUGAGUAUGAGAAAUUGUAAGAAGCUUGGGAGUCUUCCAAGCAACAUUAGUUUUUUGAAAUCCCUGAAAAAUCUUGAUCUAUUUGGCUGCUCAAAGCUUGAUAGUUUACCUGAGAGCUUGGGGAAUCUAAGACGUUUGGAGAAGCUGGAUGUAGGCGAAACUGCUGUAAGAGAACCACCAUCCUCCAUUGCACUAUUGGAAAAUCUGAAAGUGUUGUCUUUUCGUGGAAGUAAACCAAUAGCAUUUCAUUGGCUCUACAAGUGGUCCAUAUAUCGAAAAACACCUGAUCGCGUGGAUUUCUCAUUGCCUUCUUUAGAAGGUUUACACUCUCUAACAGAACUAGACCUCAGUGACUGCAACCUUUCGGAGGAAAUGAUCCCUGAAGACUUUUACUGUCUAUCCUCACUGGUGGUAUUAAAUAUAAGCAGAAAUAAUUUUGUAAAUACACCUGCAAGUAUCAGUCAACUUCCUCAGCUGCGAUACUUCUAUUUGGACAACUGCAAGAAUCUUAAAACUUUACGAAAGCCUCCAACAACCAUUCACGAAGUAUCUGCAAAUAACUGCAUCUCACUAGAAACAUUAUCAAGUCCAGAUGCAAUUGCAGGUAAAUGGAUGUGGCAAAUUUUCUACUUCACUAAUUGUUUCAAGCUUGCUGUGAAUCAAGGUGGUGACAGUAUGGCAUUUAAAUUUUUAAGAAGCCAUUUUCAGUGUUUAUCAAUGAAUCAUCUUCAGGAUGUCUCAUUUUUAGGAUGUAGAUUUGAUGUUAUUGUUCCUGGAAUUGAAGUGCCAGAUUGGUUCAUCCAACAAAAAAUGGGCCCAUCAGUUGUCAUAGAGUUACCUCCAAAUUGGUACAAUGAAAAAUUCAAGGGACUGGCUGUCUGUCCUGUUUUUGCAAUCCGUGAGAAUCCACAUUUGCUUACUGAUGGUCCAGCUUCAGAUAUUGCCAUCUAUUGCAAGUUGGAAGCUUUCGAGCACACUGUGACCUCUAGCAUUCAAUUUCUCAUCUAUAGAGUCCCAUCUCUUCAGUCAGAUCACCUUUGGAUAGGCUUUCAUUCCCGAAUAGGAUUUGGUAAAUCAAAUCAGUUGAACAACUGUCGCUAUCUUAAAGCUUCAUUUGAAUCAUCUGACCCAGGCAUGGAAGUGAAAAAAUGUGGAAUCCGUUUGGUUUAUGAUCAAGAUGAGAAUGAGUACAAUCUCAUGGGCGGGGAAUCCAGCCAUCCUUGUGAAAAUUUAGGUCUUGUCAAUCAAGUUCUUGAUGAGCCCAUGGUGGUAGAUGAACAAAGCAAGUUGAAGAGAAGCCAUCAUGACUAUAAUAUGACUGGACCCAGUUAAAAGUGGAAGUUUUCUGAUUUGCAAGAGUAGCCAUUCCCUUCACUUUUGAAAAAUUUCUAGACAUAGUCAGGUUUCCCACGGGCACUUUUCUACCUGGAGUUGCUUCAUUUUCAAUUUGAUGUUCCAUGAGCAUUUGUUUGUCCCUUGUUUUUUCUCGUCCCACUGGAAGUUGAUUGAUUAUAGUACAUACAUAUGCUCAUGCUUGUGUUUAUUAUGUUCAUGAUCCCACAAUCUGCUACGGUUGCCAGGUUCUUUAAUGGGUUUCUUUGUUGAACAUUUUCUCAACCCAUUUCUUGUAGCAAAUCAUGCAUCCUCAGCUUGGUUAUUUGAAGCAGUAAUGAAAGACUUACCAACGAGAAUGUUAAUUCCUAAA